GAAGCCCAUCUUUAUUGUGCAGUAACAUUAGGAGAGUUCAGACUUUUCCUAAGGCAUUGCUGCCAUAUUUGUAUUUCUCCUUUUCUCUAACUUCUAACACUUUCUUUGCACCCCCCAAUCGCCUCCUAUACUGAGGAAGAAGUUUAAGAUCUUUUUUUUUCCCUCAAUUUAAUCUUGGUGUCACAAGUAAUAACCGUGAAGCCCCAAAGAUAGAAAGAUUAGGUGUGGCUAUCGAGAGGUGGUAUGGUUAGCAUGGCAUCUACCUAACACUUUUGGCCACAAAGACCCUUAAGUAACUAAGGUAACUGAUUAUUAUUAUUUUUUUCAUUUCAUAAUACAAAAAUAUUAUGAAGGUUCAGCCAGAUUUUGGCAUAAAGGGCCAAGACAGUUCUGCAAAUGAUAUUUCUAGAUUGAUCUUAUUGUGUCUUAAUGCUUUUCAAUGUACUUGGAAAGUUUUGGUUCCAAGGAAGAUCACAAUUGUUUCUGAUCACUCAGCCUGAAAAGGGAGUAGAGAGAGAUGAAUUUUUCUCCUGCUGAGAUCACUUUGUCCAAGUCUGAUUUUAAAUGGUCAGAAAGUACUUAUCGAGUGCCUUGUACUGUUAGACCUGUUAGAGGAUCCAAAAUAUAGGAGGGGAGGUUGUUGUCCUAAAACCUCACUCCCUCUCACAUUCCUUUUUCAUCUCAUUGGAAGCAAGGGGUGGGAUUAUGUUAGAAACAUCCCAGACUUGGUCUUAGUGUUUUCUUUAUAACCAGGCUAACAUUUUUCUAGACAAAGUUUGCAUGGCUAUGGAGUCUCAGUUCUGCUUCUUACUGUUCUCAUGUUAAUUCAUAAUUCCAAAAAAAAAAAAUUAAAAAUAAAAAAUUCUUAAUUCCAUUGUGAUAUCAUGUUUGACCUAGUUUGAAAGAAUCUAAUGAGAAACGGGGAAGAAAAACAAGUCAUUUGUGAAAGAUAAUGCUUAUUUAUAUGUGAAUCUAAUAUACGUGACAAAGUAAGGAAAUAAAAAACCAAAAGGUCUCGGUUUUAAAUAUUGUGCAGUGUUUUCCCCAUACCUGCACCUUUUCUCAUCGAACCACACGUCCAGUUUUGGAUUGGGAAGACAUCCUUAAUCUACUUAUGCUCUGCCUGAAAUCAUAAGGCCUUCUCCGUCUAUCUUUGGGGAGACCAAAUAAUAACACCCCAAAGCACCCACUCUGUGCCAACCAACUACCACCAUAAGCACUUUAGAGUUGCACCAUCCUCCCAGGUGGCUAAUAAUUAUCCUCACUUAACAGAAGUGGCAGCUGAAGCCGACUGAGCGCAGCUGGAAGGAGGAAGGCUGGAGGCCCCUCCGUCCUGUCCCCUAUUUGUGUGGGGUGGGGGUGGGGGGGCAACCUGCUGGGCCGAAAGCAUUUACUCUGUCCAGCGUUCCAACUGCAUGAGUUUCAAGAGUUUCCCUCCUUAUUAAGACCUUGGAAAAGAACCAACGCUGCUACUUCCUGGGAGUUUUCCAUCAAAUUCGGUCCUCUGGUGUAAUAAGGAAUGUGCUUGUACAGUAUCAAAAAAAACAAAAAACAAAAAAAAAACACAACGUUUUUUUUUCAUUGUGGGAAAUAGGCAUACAUCCCUGCAAGGAACAAAGAAAACCUUUACCAGAGGGUUAUGGUAAAAGCCUAACUUCAUGUUGAAGUUGGGUGGUAACUUUCUUUCAAUAAUUCAAACAUACCUAAUUAAAACAUAAGCUCCUUACUGCACUUCAAAAAUGUUCCUGUGUCUACAGGGGGUUUCCCAUUCUUGAAACACUUUGUACUCCCAUGUGAAAUUGGGAUGUUUACUAUGGAAACUAAAGUGCACUUUAUUUGGUCAGCCGAAAAUGAGAAAAUACAUGUUGCGUGGCCUGAAGUUUAGAGUUUUAAACGGAACCGCAUGGGAUUAACUUCUGGAAUGGCGACUCACUCCAAUGACACUUCAAAUGCAAUUAUGGCCCCUCUAGCCUUCCCAGCCUGGCAGUGACAUAUGUGGGCAAGUUGCACAGGAAAUACGUAACAAGGACGAUCGCUAACUCGCGGUUGCUUGGAUGGGUUGUGGUUGGGAUCGUUCUCAUGGUCACUGAUUCCCUCUCAGAACUCCGGGAUGGGCCCUUGGGAGCUCAAGUGAACACAUGGUGUCACCCUGAGGUGGCCCCGUCCGAAAGCCUCCCCACUGCGGCGGCAAAGCUUUCAUUUACUACCCAUAACUAACUUCAGUGGGCUUCUUGGCUAAAUUAUCCUACAUCUUUGUCAUGUGGUUUUUAAAGCUAAAAUACUUCAGCAUGGAGACUUUGAUGUGUGUGUGAGUGUGUGUGUUGUAUGUUGUGUGAGUGUGCUUUGUGUGUGUCUGUGUGUGUGUGUGUGGUUUUAACCUACACCCUAGAUACAUCAGUAGCCCUAAUCCAAAGUGCACACUCUGGGGUGAUUGAUGGCAUUUAAUUACAAGGCCCAGAUUCCAGAAGCAGGUGCCACUCUCUUGUCCACACCAGAGGCUUUUAGCCGGCCUAAUGGAUAUUAGAAAUGGGUUUUCAAUGGUGAGAUUAUUUGUGUUCAAGAAUGUAACCUCACAGAAGCCUGUUUUUGGUCUCCCCAUGUGUAGGGAUUUUGUCUGAUUUGUUCACAGAUAUAUCCUCAGUGCCUAGAUGUGUGCCUGAUGUGUGGUAUGUGCUCAAAGAAGAUCUAUCAAUGAAUGAAUGGAUGAAUGAAUGAUUUGCAGCAUUAUUUAGCCCACAUCAGGGAUUUUAGCCAAAUAAGGGUAUUAUUAGCCACGUCCCAGUUUCCUUUAGAUCUCAGUAGCUCUUGGUAACCACAUUCAGGGUUUCUCCCCCUUGCUUCUCUCCACCCCCCCUCCCCGCCAAGGUUGCUCUAGCAUCCUGCGGAGACUGCCUGGAUGGUGGCACUGUGAGGGGAUGCCCUCGCCAAGCUGGCCCCUGUGAGAUGUCUCAUCCUGCUUUGGGCCUAGCUGCCUCCUGUCUGCUGUGCGUCUGUUGUGCUGUCACGCAUCUCACCUGGGCACUGGCAUCCCGCCACCCCAGUGCUGAUAACCAGCUUUGCCAUUGCUCAUGGACAGGGCUCCUGCCUCCUCCCCAGGCUCUUCUGGCCCACUGGUCCUCUUGGCUCCUUCAUGUCCCCAUCAUCAGGAAACCUUGGCAGCCUCUCCCGCUCUGCUGGAGGCAGCCCCCUUGGCCGUUGUGAGCCCCCAUCCCAUGUGUCCUGCCAGAGGCUCAUGGAGCAAUAUCUUCCCUGCGAGAGUGACAUCUGAGAAGAGGACAUCAGCAUGAAGGCCUAGGUUUUGCUCCUACCUCCUACCUUUCUACUUCCAGUUCCAGAUUUGAUCUAAAGGGCAUAGUUCCAGCAUUCUCUUCUUCUCUUUCUGUAGGGCUCUUCCCGUCAGCCUCGGGAAGGGUCUUCCCAGCUUGCAUGGUAGGAAUGUCUCCAGUGUCGUAUUCCAGCCCUACUUGCACAACAGGCUAUUGGAAACAUGCUAUGGUUCCAGCCUUUCUUCCUUGAGUUUUGAGAUGUAAAACCCUGUUUGGGGAGUUCCAAAAAAAAAAAAAAAAAAUCCCUUUUCUCUCUCAACAAAGCUUAGCCCAUUCCUCCCUGCCACCACAACAUUGAAAAUCUCUGAAAUUAGGAUGGGUUGCAUCUUGAAAUAGACGAUAGGUCACGGUUAUUUUUUGUGGUACACGUUAUAAUUAAUGACAUUUUUCGCUUAGGCUAUUGUCUUGCUAUGGACAUAAAGCUGAGCAAUUCCUUCUUUGUUCUGGCCUCCACCCUCCCCUGGAGGUAAAGAAUGCCUCACCUUCUAAGGUGUGAAGCCACAGGGCAACCAUAAGCAAUUAAAGAUUUACCACAAAAGAAUACACAGUUGUUUCGCAUAUUCAAAAAUAUGUGAACACAGGAUCGCCCUUUCAAUGACACAAAUGGGAUUGGAAUGCAUUCUCACCAUAAGCAAAUAGAUUGGCUUCCACUCUAUACCUGGAAAUACAGCCAAAGAAAAAAUGUGUCCAUCUCAGAGGGUCUGGCCUGGAAAGGAGCAAGAGAUAAGGACUCCCAGACACAAGAGGUGGCCUCGCUCCCCAGGGCUGAGCAUGCCCUGGACUAGUGGUGACCCCUGUGAUGUCUCAGUGCCCGGGGAGGGGUGGGGGGGUGGAAGCCCCCAGCACUGGCACCAUUAGACACUGGACGCACGCCCCUGGCCCGAUGCGUGGAUCACUAAGAACACUUCUGAUUCUAUCUGGGUCUCCCUGCGGGUCCUGCCUGCAAGAAAAAAACAUGCUGGUCAGUAAAUAUGAAUAGCUCAUCCCUUUGGUGGUUAUAGGUUUUCAUUUUAAGCUGACAGUUAGUUAGAAAUAUGUUCCGGCUCAUUCAUCUGUCUCAUGAGAACAUUGUGAGUGUGAGACAUGGAAAAGACUGAAUUUCUGAGGCUGUGUAGCUGACAGGCCCUAGGGACCAGUGACUCCACUGGUAAAGUGUCGUCCUACAGGAUAUUUUGGGGUUAACCAGGGAGCCUUUUGAGGAGUAAUUUGACCUCAACCAAUGCCUUUCUUUUAAAAUGUCUAUACUUUGGUCAGUUUUCUGUGCCCAGUUCUCUCUCUCUCUCUCUCUCUCUCUCUAAAAAAUGGGUGGACUUGAAACAAAAUUGUCAAACCUUGCAAUAACAACUGAAUAUAAGAUAAAAGUCCCUUGAUAGGAGAGAGGGGCCCUCAGUUAGUGAUUGCAAGUAAUAGAAGUUGGUGACUCCAAGUAACAGGAACGGGCUAGCUUUGCUCAAGCAAAAGGAGAGAAAUUAUAGUAAGGAUUCAGAAGUUUUUCCAAGGGCAGAGACACUUCCAGGCUUCAGGAGGUGCCGGAACUGGCCUAGAAUGUUCUCUGUAAGGAGUCUCUUUCCAUUUUUUUUUUUUUUUUUUUUGUCUCUUCUCUUUUCUCUUCUCUUUCAAUGAAAACUGCCUAUUUUUUGCAUCUCUGCUUCAUUUGCAAUGAAACAUAGCCAUCCUGCAUCUCCAAAAUGGACUUAAAAGUUGAACAAUAAUUUCUUUGUUUUAGACUGCAUCUGCUACAUAUAUUCUCUGUAUAUUUUAGUUUUAAAUGCAGAAUUCCUGGGAGAGAAUGUGAAUGUCUAGCAAAUGUGGGUCUAGCAAAUACUCUUGGCACAAUCAAUCAUGGCCAAGGGUGUUUUCCUAGGCCCAUAACUAUAGAUGAUUCCUUUUCCUGAGUAGGCACCAACUCAAAGACAUCUAUAGAACUAGAGACCAAUUCAGUGCAGCCUUAAGCUAAAUAUUCAAGCAUAUUCUGUUUAUUUCUUAAGGUGAGAUUGCAUUCCAAUCCAAUGUGUGCUGAUUCAAAGGAUGACAUACUAUGAUGCCAAAUUUCAUCCAUCACAGACAUUUAACUACAGAUGUAUCAAUGUCAUGUUAUCCUUAGAGUUCUUCAGGGCUUUUUGGUUACCAAGUGUUCAUAUGAGGAGGAAUUGGUAGCUCUUUAGAAUGCCUGGGGGACCCUGUGUGCAGCCAUCACCCUAUGUGGUCAGCAGGGUCCUCCUUCCAUAUCCUGGGCCAGUGGUUUGAAGGAGCCAUUUCAGGGACUAGGAUCCACAGUGUCAGUUCUGUCCCCCACCCUUUAAAUGCAGAUGUGCAUUGUGUACCCUGCGCCAGGCAGCCCAGAAGGCGAGCCAUGAACUGGAGCAACUCCUCUAAGAUACUAAGGUUUUGAUAUCUGCUUCUGGGUACGGCAGCCCUGGAGAUGGUUGGCUGAUGAUUUGGACUUCAGCUUUCUUCAUUUUCUGCUCUGCUCACUUCCAUGCCUGGGUGUCCCAACUUGGUCAAGACUCAGAAACACUGCAGGUCUCAAACUUUGGCAGUCCAUUGGCCGAUUCAGCUCCUCACUUACUUUCAGAAAGAGCCAGGAUAGUUAAGUGAUCCUAAAACUAAACACCUGAUUAUUCAGGGAUAGCGCAUGGACAGAAGAAACAAAGACGACUGAGAGAACUAUAUGACUGGUUGCAGAAAAGAGUUGGGGGCAGAUAAGACGAAACAUUAUUAAAUGGAAACGAUGCGGAACACUGAAAUCAAGUAGGACUUUCACUGGGCAGGGGUUAAGUGAUUCAUCUAUUCAUUCAGUAGACACUUAAAAUGAACAACCAUGUGCCAGUUGUUCUAGACAAUGAUAAGACAAUAGUGAACAGACAGACACCCUGCCUGCCUGGAGUUUACAUUCCAGUGGGGACAGUUAAUGAACAAGAUCAAGAAGUAAAAUGUACAGUAAGUUAAUGGUUACAUAUGCUAAGACGCCCCAGUAGGGAUUUUUGAGAAGUUACUGUGUGUGUGUGCAUGUGUGUAUGUGUGCGUGUGGAUGUUUAAUGGCUCUGAACACUUAUUUGGCACCAAGAGAGGGAAAUUUCUUCAACAAUAGUGAUUUGGAAGAACGAUAAAGAAAUUGCAGUUGUAGAGGCAGGAAAUGAUUCAAGAUUGGAUAUAACUGUUGAACAAUGAAAAAGGGAGAGAGACAGAACCACUUCAGCAUAGCAGUAAUUAAAUUUCUGAGUUUACGUAAAGAGUGUUGUGCAACUUUUUGCAAGCUGACCUUUUAUUUCCUCUAUGUCCUUAAUUACCUUGGAAGGCUAUUUAGAUUUCAAUUCCUCAUAGUUUUUCACCAAUAUUGACUAAGUUCGCUGUCUCAUCACACAGAGAUCCAGUUACUUGUCCAUUUUCGUAUGUGGUACUUUAGAUUUGAGUGUUUGUGUGGGAACACCCCACUUUUCAAAUGUGGUUUUGGCCAGUGCUUUUGGAAUGAGGAAUUUAUCAGCUGUGAUGGCUGAUACAUACUAUUUUAGCCAGAAAUACUGCCUCUUUCUUUGCCAGAAAACUCCCUAUUUCAAAAGGACUUCACUUGAGGAGUGAAUGCCUAAUGAAACUCCAGUCAUAUUCACUAAUUUGCAUAAUAUUAUUCAGUUAAAAAUAUGUUCCGGUGCAGCAACUAUCUGUAAUUUUCUCAAUAAGUCUCGGUAUAACUGGGCAGGUAUUGCCUACGUUACCCAAAAUAACUCAAUAUACAGCAAAUAAUGAUAGCCUCUACCCUUGACUAGGUGUCAGACGACAUUUAAAUUCUUUUUAUGUAUUAACAGUUUCAGUCCUCACCGUAAUCGUUAGGUUGGGACCACUGAUAGCCUUAUUUUGCAGUCAGAGAAACUGAAGCACAGGUAAGUGGGCGCUGCUCAGCUCACAGAUGGUAGAGCUGGGAUUUAACCUGGGGCAGCUGUUACGCUUGUGAUCAUGAUGCUGUGCUCCUUGUAGUUCUAGAAACACAACUCCUAGAGACUACAUAUUUUAGGACGUUUUUCCUUUACAAACAACCACAUCGCAGCAGUGAUAAAUGGAGGACAGGCAAAAGGCAUCAGGGGAAUGGAAAGAUCAUCAGCUUUGGGGAGUGGGAUGAAUCCUAGUCCAGUUAUUGUACCCAGUGGGGAAGCUGGGCAAGGCCCUGGACCUCUCUGGAAGCCCUGUUUUCCUUCUAUAAAAUGCAGAAGUUAUACCACUCACAGCAUCCUGAGCAUUAAAUGUGAUAUCCUGUGUGAAGUGUCCGUCUCAUCGUUGGACACUUAUUCAUCUCUUUCCAACAUAAACAAUCAGAUAUGGGUGAGGAUCCGAUGAACAAUUAGGAGCCAUAUGGUGAAGAAAAUUGGAAAUGGCAUUGGCGACCUUCCGUGCCCUUUGGAGAAUCCAGGAUGGGAUUCUUUAGGACACAGUUUCCUUGAGUCAGGGAUACAGGGGCUGCAGUUCUCUGAAGUGUCAACUCAAGGCCUGGGUAAUAAGUUAAGCUAGUGGUGUUGGGGGCAAACUCCCUUCUGAGCUCUAAGAAGGUGUCUGGGUCCAGGGCUUGGUCCUCCAUUGCCAUUGCCCCUGGGAAGACCCUUACAAGAACUCCAAGGUGGUCUAGAAAGGGCUGCAAAAGCUUUAUGGAGAAUACAAGUUCUCAAACUUUUAGGCUAAGGACCCCUCUUUAUACUCUUACAAAAUAUUGAGGACUUUAAAGAGCUUUUGUCUAUGUGGUUAACUCUAUUGAUAUUUACCAUAUCAGAAAUUAAAACUGAGAACUUAGAAAAGUAGAUUUUUAUUAAUCAUUUUAAAAAUUAGCAAUAAACUCAUUACCUCCCAUUAACAUGAAUAACACAUCUUUUAAAAAAUAAUUAUAUUUUUGAAACAAAAAAGUUAGAAAAGUGUCAUUGUUUUAUGUUGUUUACAUUGUUCUGAAAAUCUCUUUAAUAUUUGGCUCAAUAGAAGACAGUUGAAUUCUAACACCUGCUUCUCCAUUCAUUCUUUGAGACAUCAUGCAUCAUGUAUCCUCUGGGAAACUGCUGUACACCAUGAGAAAGCGAGAGUGAAAAAGGCACAUAACAUCUGUGUGUUUUUAUGUGGAUGUGCCCCUUAAAGAUGGCGACUUGCUCCUGAGAAACGAGGCCACUUAGUGCAAGGAAAGGAGUUCUCUGAGGUGUCCUGGCUCCCAUAGAUCAUGUCACCGUUAACCCCAAGUUCAGGCUUCGAAGGCUGCUGCUGAGGGAAAGUGGUUGCUCCCACCACCCUCCUUUUUCUCGGAGCAGUUCUGAGGCAGGAGAAUAUGACAGUGCUACUCAGAAUUGUUUGUUUCAUAGCUCUACUCAUUUCUUAUCACAAGGCUGAUGAAUGCAAGGAACAUGAAGAACAAGUAAUUUCAGUUUUCUCUGCAAAUAAAAUUGAUGUUCGUCCGUGUCUUCCUAACGUGGAUAACGACAAAGUCACUAUAAUUUGGUAUAAAAACGACAGCAGGACACUUAUUUCUAUGAAACAAGACAGCAGGAUUCAUCAGCACAAAGAUAAAAUUUGGUUUGUUCCUGCUAAGGUGGAGGAUUCAGGACAUUACUAUUGUGUGGUAAGAAAUUCAACUUACUGCCUCAGAAUUAAAAUAACUGCAAAAGUUGUGGAGAAUGAGCCUAACUUGUGUUACAGUGCACAAGCUACAUUUCCACAGAAGCUACCUAUUUCAGAAGAUGGAAGAAUUGUGUGCCCUUUUAUGAAUUUUUUUAAAGAUGAAAAUAAUGAGUUCCCCCACAUACAUUGGUAUAAGGAUUGCAAACCUUUACUUGGCAAUAUAAACUUUAUUGGAGUAGAAAAUAAACUCAUCGUGAGGAACGUGACCGAAGAGUCUAAAGGGAACUAUACUUGUCAUGCAUCCUACACACACUUGGGAAAGCAAUAUCACGUCACCCGGGUGAUAGAACUUACUACCAUGGAGGAAAACAAGUCCGUUAGGCCUGUGAUUGUGAGACCAGUUAAUGAGACAAUGGAAGUGGAGUUGGGUUCCCAGGCACAAUUGAUAUGCAAUGUCACUGGCCUAGUGAGUGACGCCGUCUACUGGAAGUGGAAUGGGUCAGAUAUUGAUGAAGAUGAUCCAUUGCUGGUGGAAGACUUUAAAACAAUGGACAUUCCUUCAACCAAAAAACGGAAAACAAUAAUCUUAAUGCUUAAUAUUUCAGAAGUAGAAAGUAGGUUUUAUCUAUAUCCAUUUACCUGUUUAGCCAUGAAUAUAGCUGGUGAAAAUGCAGCAUAUAUCCAAUUAAUACAUCCAGCUGCACGUGAUUUCCAGAAGCAUGUAAUUGGUGUAUUCGUCAUGUUUACGGUAGCGAUUACAUGCUCUGUUUUCAUCUACAAAAUCUUCAAGGUUGACAUUGUGCUUUGGUACAGGGAUUUCUUCUAUGAUUUUCUCCCCCCAAAAGUUCCAGAUGGAAAGACCUAUGAUGCCUACAUACUGUAUCCCAAGAUCCUUGGGGAGGAGGCCACCUCCAACUCAGAUAUUUUUGUGUUUGAAGUCUUGCCUGAGGUCUUGGAAAAACAGUGUGGAUAUAAGCUGUUCAUUCUUGGAAGGGAUGAUUAUGUUGGGGAAGACAUUGUCCUGGUCACUGAUGAAAAUGUAAAGAAAAGCAGAAGACUGAUGAUCAUUUUAGUCAGAGAAAUGUUGGGAUUCAGAAGUCUAGGGAGUUCAUCUGAGGAGCAAAUAGCUAUAUAUAAUGCCCUCGUUCAAGAUGGAAUUAAAGUUGUCCUACUUGAGCUGGAGAAAAUCCAAGACUACGAGAAAAUGCCAGAGUCCAUUAAAUUCAUUAAGCAGAAGCACGGGGUCAUACGAUGGUCAGGGAACUUUACUAAGGAAUUUCAGUCUGCAAAGACAAGGUUCUGGAAAAACGUAAGGUACCACAUGCCAGCUCGGCAGCAUCCACUUUCAUCCAAGCACAAGUUGCUGUCUCCAGCCCCGGGGCCGGACUCCAAGGACAGACUGCAAGAAAUCCACAUACCCCUUGGGUAGCACAGAAGAGCUUGGGCGAAGAGCCCAUUGGGUGACUCCUGUCUCAUGGCCCUCCAGGCCGGGCUGUGCCUCCUGCUGACUUGUGCAGUCAUAGAAAGCACGUGUAUAGCCCUUUAUCUCUGAGGUCCCCUGGCACUGGACUGUUAAAGGAGUAGGAUGUGGUGGCAAUAGCAGGCUAGGGCAAAUCCAAUCAGAGGGUUUGGGAAGGCCUUUCAACAAGGCCACAGAUGCUCCCUCUCAACGUUUGAGCUGCUGAGAAAAGGCACUGGGAUGGUAAAUGAGAGAAAAGAAUGUGCACUCCAUGUUCGCCAUCUAGAGUUGGCUUUAGGUUGAUGGGGCCCCAGGGGACCCCUGCAGGGUCACUAUCCCAGAGAGGCUGUCAUGGACCCUGCAGGCAGAGGAAGGCUGAUGCUUCACAGAGGACGGUGAAAUGAUUCUUGGAGAACUUCACAUUUGCCAGCAGUCAGUUUCUAGAAAUUCAACUUUAUUUUAUAGACCUUUACAAUUAUUUCAAGACAUGAAGGGAUUCCUCAGGAUUCCAAGGUUUUGAAAUAGCCUUUGUGUUCAAAGCAGCAGUAAUAGGGCAUUGUUUCUCCUCUUUGUUCUUUUCUCCCUGGCAUGACCAUUCUGUUCUUCCUUUUCUUUGUAUUUUACUUGGCUCAUCACUUCUCUGAAAGAACAGCUUGCAGUGCGCUCGUCCCUUCACCUGUCACCCACACUGCCCCUCGUGGGACGCCAUUUAUCGCGUCCUGCCCUUGGGAACGAACCUCCACUGGGCUUCUCCUCUCCUGCUCAUGAGCUGAAGCUCAGGUCCCUCCUUAGCAGCUCCGUGUCCCCUCCCCAGCCUGGCUGCACCUGUCCUCACGGCCGCCACCUCCUCUGUCUGGCAAGGUAGAUUCUCAGGUCGGCUCUCCCUUGGCACCUGCCCCGAGCCCCUCUGCCGCCACCCUGCCUCGCCAGCCUCGCCCCCUGCCUGGACGGCCCUCUCCCAUUUUCUCGGCCUACCAGAACUUUCAAAAUUGAUUUCAAUUCCAUUUUCACCAAGAGACUACUUGACAGCGCUCUCUCCUUCCUCUCUACUGGCAGCAUUUACUGUUGGUUAUCGCGUCACGGGAUUGUGUGUGCUGCCUCCAGCCAGAAGCUUUGUGUGUUUCACUGUUCAUCCUUGGUGCCUUCCACAAGUAAUUUGCACAUGCAGCACAUAUUUAUUUACUGCUUUAUUGUUGAGCAAGUUUUCUCAGAUCAUUGUAUUUAAUUUUCACACUUACGCUUAUUUUAAGGAGAAUGAGUUUCCUGGUUUUUAAAUAUUCCACUCUUAGCACUGUUUGGACCUAGGGCGUGAACCUCCGUCUCUGGCUCCCAGUCCAGGUUGGAAAACUUGAUUCAGGGCAAUAAACGAGCCGCCCCCCAAACCACCCCACCCCCCAACCCCAGCCCUUCUGUGGGAAGAAAUGGUGGGAUGGGGGCUAAGUCUAGGAAUGCUUUUAUUUGAGAAACCAAAUUCCUAAUUUUCAAAACUUAUGUUUAGCUUUUAUGGAAAAGCUUUUCUGCUUUUGUAAGUUCUUUCCCUAAAGGUAAAUAUUUCUUAUUAAAUAAAAAUGAAACCAAAUUGGGGUUUCUAGUAUAGAAAUAAGUAUUUUUUAAAAAUUUGAAGACAGUCCUCAGGAUUAUUUGAGAUUCCCUGGGAAACCCCAAAGCCAUGUUUAUGUGCCAAUUAUUGAAGUAUAUGAAGGACAGACCUUCUGUUUAUAUUUUUCAUAUAUAAUAUUAUGGGUGGGUGAACACAAACUUUCUUUUGGAACAAUUAUUUCUUUUCCCGGAGUAGUCAGAGCUAGACAAGAACACAGUGUUUAAUGUUUUGACUCUUCCCUCUAGCUGGCUUCUCCCUGCUCCGAUUUUAGUAAUAGUCGUGUUUUGGAAAGACCGAUUUAAAGGAAGUACUUUAUUUUCAUUUGGCAAGACACGCAGACCGCAGCCCAAGUCCAACUGAGGCAGUGUCACAUCCCAAAAGAUGCCUAUUAAAUGCUUUAAAAGUAUAAUUUUGCAGAUGCUUGUUAGUGUAUCAUCUAUACAGUAGAUUUGCAUGUAUAAUACCAAGAAAGCCAGUUCUGAAUCUUAUCAUUAGAGGCAAAAUUGGUCAGGAACUGAGAAGGGGAAAAACAACCAAGAAUUCCAAGUGGUAUUGCAUCUAGACUUUAGGGAGAGACAGAAAUCCCCUGAUAAAUGUGGAUGGAGGAGGGUCCCAAACAGGAAAGUGAAAUGUCACUCCCCAGCUCAGGAUUCCAGAGGAAGAAACAACAUUUCUAAUUCGUGUGCACUUCCUUUGACUUAUUGUUUUCACCAAAACCUCUUUUAAGCUCUUCCUUUCACCUCUUCCCCAUUAAUUAGAUUUUACUGCAUUUUCUGAUGAUUUUUUUUUCAGUCAGCUUAAGUGUUUAAAAUAAAAGUCUGCAAAUACAACGAAGUAUUUAAUUACCGCUUGUUAAAACGGGUUUAGCAGAAUUUGUAAUUUCCCUUUCUUCCCGUUCUAUUUAAUUUUAUUUGCAAUAAAACGGAAAGGUUUUGAGCCGUUUUUGAUAAAUUAUGUUUGUACUGGUUAAUGAUGAAGGUAUUUUUUAAAACUAGUUUGUAUAAUUCUGCAGCAGAUGCCAAAUAUUUUUCUAUCUAGAAACACCAGAUUCUCGUACAGUAUGCCUCACUGAUCAGUGUACUGCACUUGUUUUCUAAUAAAAUUGUUAAAACCUGG